AUGGCUUCAUCAAGCUUUUCUUCUGCAGCACCACCAGUCUUUAAUGGUGAGGGGUUUCACAUAUGGGUUGUCAAGAUGAGGACUUACCUGCAGGCCUUUGAUCUGUGGGAAGUUGUCAACACUGAUGUCGAGCCAACCCCACUUCGAGCCAAUCCAACAAUGGCUCAAAUCAGGCAACAUGCAGAUGAGAGAACCAAAAGGCACAAGGCCAUAAUUAUGGCUUGUGAGACUCCCAAGCAAGCCUGGGACAAGCUCAAAGAGGAGUUCCAAGGCACUGAAAGAACAAGGCAGCAGCAAUUGUUGAAUUUGAGGAGAGACUUUGAAAAUCUCAAGAUGAAGGAAGAUGAGACAGUGAAACAAUACUCAGACAGGAUAAUGGCUGUGGUCAACAGCAUAAGAUUACUAGGAGAACAGUUCAGUGAAGCAAGAAUUGUGGAGAAGGUGCUUUCAACAUUGCCUGAAAGAUAUGAGGCAAAGAUCUCAUCCUUAGAGGAUUCGAGAGACCUGGCAACCAUCUCCCUAACUGAGCUUAUCAAUGCUCUUUAUGCUCAGGAGCAAAGGAGAGCUAGUAGAAUGGAAGAGCACCAGGAGGGUGUUUUCCAAGCUAAGGCCAAAACAGCCUCAAGCACCUCAGCCUAUAAAGGCAAGAAGAACUGGAAAAAUAGGCCUAAGCCUGAUGCUGCAAGAGGAGGAGAUCGACUCUGCAGAUUUUGUAAAAGACCUGGUCAUCCAGAGACCACAUGUUGGUUCAGGCCAGAUGCUAUGUGCCAACACUGCAAGAAGAAGGGCCAUGUUGAAAGGGUCUGUAAAGAAAAAGGCAGACCUGGCCAAAACCAACCUGUAAUACCCUGA